CUUUGGAGCCGUUUUAAAAACACCGUAUAUAUCACCUGUAUACAUUCAUCUAUACCCUCAUACGCUCCCUGCAUAUAUAACCAACUCUCUCUCGAUCCAAACCCUAAUCUCUGUUGCUCACUCGAUCUCAUCUAUCACUCUCCUUUCCCAAAUCUCGGUUUCUCUCUUCCACCACCGGUAAAGAUGCGUGAGAUCCUCCAUAUUCAAGGUGGUCAAUGUGGAAACCAGAUCGGAGCUAAGUUCUGGGAGGUUGUUUGCGCCGAGCACGGCAUCGAUGUGACCGGGAAGUACACCGGAGAUUCCGAGCUUCAACUUGAGAGGAUCAAUGUUUAUUACAAUGAGGCCAGUGGUGGGAGGUUUGUUCCACGGGCGGUGCUCAUGGAUUUGGAGCCAGGGACGAUGGACAGUCUCAGAUCUGGAGCAUACGGGCAGAUCUUCAGGCCUGAUAACUUUGUAUUUGGUCAGUCUGGUGCUGGUAAUAAUUGGGCGAAGGGACACUACACUGAAGGCGCUGAGUUGAUCGACUCGGUUCUGGAUGUUGUUAGAAAGGAGGCAGAGAAUUGUGAUUGCUUACAAGGUUUCCAGGUCUGCCAUUCUCUCGGAGGUGGAACAGGGUCUGAACUCUCAAACUCACCACCCCAAGCUUUGGUGAUCUAAACCAUCUCAUUUCUGCAACAAUGUCUGGAGUCACCUGUUGUCUGAGGUUUCCCGGUCAACUCAACUCUGACCUCCGAAAGCUUGCAGUCAAUCUCAUCCCAUUCCCUCGUCUUCACUUUUUCAUGGUCGGUUUUGCCCCUCUAACCUCACGUGGGUCCCAGCAAUACCGUGCCCUAACAGUCCCUGAACUCACCCAACAAAUGUGGGACGCGAAGAACAUGAUGUGUGCAGCUGACCCACGUCACGGGCGUUACCUAACUGCUUCAGCCAUCUAUCGUGGAAAAAUGAGCACAAAAGAAGUCGAUGAACAGAUGCUAAAUGUUCAAAACAAGAACUCUUCAUACUUUGUUGAAUGGAUCCCAAACAAUGUGAAGUCAACUGUUUGUGAUAUCCCACCAACUGGGCUCAAAAUGGCUUCCACUUUCAUUGGGAAUUCUACUUCUAUUCAAGAGAUGUUUAGGCGUGUGAGUGAGCAGUUUACUGCUAUGUUUAGGAGAAAGGCUUUCUUGCAUUGGUAUACUGGUGAAGGAAUGGAUGAGAUGGAGUUCACUGAGGCUGAGAGUAACAUGAAUGAUUUGGUGUCUGAGUAUCAGCAGUAUCAGGAUGCGACUGCGGAUGAGGAGGGUGAGUAUGAGGAGGAAGAGGAGUAUGAGGAGGCUUGAGGAAAGAAGGAAGGGAAUGUAUUUUGGUUUUUUUUUUUUUUAUUUGUAGUUUGGAGUUUUUGGUGGGUGGUUAUAUGAUAUGAGUGGUUGUAAUCUCAACUGCCGUUUUAUGCAAACACAUAGUAGGUUUGGUUGUAAUUUGUCUAUCUGGAUCAUAAGUACCAUUUCUUUUUUUGUCUAGUACUUGACUUGUUCUUGGAUUUUGGAAUUUGGUGUUUGUAUAUGGUUUUUAAGUGUGUACUGUUGCUAUGAAGUUGUUAGUUGACUUUUUUUUGGUUAAUUGUUAAUUGGGGAUGUUUUGGUGCA